AUGAUAGACUUUUGUGAACUAACGCUAGAAACGAAAGCAUUUUACGGUGUAAACUUUUCGAAACGCUCCGACCAAAUCACGUGCAUUGUGUUCGACACAGAGGGUGACCUGUGGCUGGAGGUAGUCCUGAUUGCAGCCCUAAUCAAACGACAAAAAGAACAAAACCCAAAUCUGGACUGUUCCGAGCCGCUCAUUGACCAAACACUUCUUGCUGCCGGAUGCAGUGCAAGUUACGGUGCAACCAUUGUCGACGAUUGUGUCCACUUUACGGCAAAGUAUUAUCUUGCCAACUACCCAGUCACGUUUCUAUUUUUCCUCGCCCGAGGAACGCGACAAGAAGUUUCCCGUCACUACAUCAAACCACUGUGGCGUACAUUGCUCCGUCAGAGGGCAGAAAUCGAUGCUCUGGUGGAAGAGCUAAAGCGAAAGGAUCUCGAAAUUGCUCAGUAUCAAGCGGAAGGGGCCCGGCUAAACAGAACCACCGUGCAGACGGUUCCAUUCGAUGAGCAAACGUUCCGGCAGGAGUUCCCCGUUCAACUGCCACAGCAAACUGUACGUAUAGACAGUCUUUUGGACCAUGCCGUUCACCGGGAUCGGCUAAUGAAAACGUUAGAACUUGAGCAAAAUAUGGUAAAUUCAUCGAGUGGUCGAAGCAGGCAGACGCCUGUUCCUACUACGCUCGGUACACCUACGAAACGAAGGAGAAAACGUGUCAAACCAUUGAGCGUGGCAGCGGCAGAUAUCACCAAAACCGUGAUAGAGUAUGAAAACGACGAUGAGUGA